UGUCCCAGAAAGGAAAGAACGAACGAGAGAAAAAGCAGCAGGAUGAUUAUGUAAGUGUUAAAGCGCAGCAGGAACAAGCGGAAGUAAUUCGGGCGAUUUGUGUAUAUACCUCCGGGUCGAUUUUGACACAAGAGAGAAAAGCACGACAGUCUGUCCUUCUCGCUCUUACGGCAUUAGGACUGUCGCGCGGUGACGCAUCGCGCACACAGCACGGGACUGUCUUUGGCCAAUGAUCAUCGGACGCACUUUUAAGGACUUUGAAGCAGAAACAUGGAGAGUGUAAUUCAGCAAAAAGUGAUAGAAGUUGCCGCUCACGUGGAGCAACAGUUGGACGCGGAGUUGGAGAAAUUGGACAAGUUCGACAUCAACGAUUAUGAAAACAUACGUGCCCAUCGUUUGAACGAGCUCAAACGGAUGCAGAAACAAAAGCAGGAUUGGCUUGCUUCGGGUCAUGGAGAAUAUUCGGAACUGUACGAUGAGAAGGAAUUCUUCGAAAUAUCCAAGAAGUCAGAAAACAUCAUCUGUUUAUUUUACAAAGACGAUUCUCCUCGAUGUAAAAUAGUGGAUCAUCAUUUCAAGAUUCUUGCGAAGAAGCAUAUUGAAGCGAGAUUCUGCAAAUUAAAUGUUGAGAGAUGUCCAUUCUUAACUGAACGGCUACGAAUUAGAAUCAUACCUACAAUUGCUCUAAUUGUGAACGGCAAAACCAAGGAUUAUAUUGUUGGAUUCACUGAAUUGGGAAAUUGCGAUGACUUUUCCACGGCAACGUUGCAGAAUCGCCUCGCGCAGUCUGGUGCAAUCAAUUAUGAUGACGAUUCAAAUAUUUCAGAAUCUAGUAAAAAGUCAUUUAUAUUGAAAUCGGUAAAACCUAAGACCAUCAAAGGACGUGAUGAUAAUUCGGGUGAUUCUGAUGAUGACGAUUGGUAAAUUGUAAAAUGAAAAACAUAUAUUAAUUUACAUUUUAGCAAAAGUUUUUAUAUAUUAAAUUAUAAUUAAUGUAUCAAUAUGUUUAUUCACAAAUAUUUUGUAUUACACGUUUUUGUCUCGUUUUCGUAUUAAACAAUGAACAAUGUUUGUUUUAUAUAACAAUUAAAUUUAAACAUUUAUUAUAUAAUAAACUACAAUAAUUUAUUAUAUAAUAAA